ACCGAAUCCGAUGGUCCCAAUAAUUGCUAAAAAAGCAUGUGAACAUAUCGGGAUAUUAUUUAAAGAAAAUAAGUCUAUUCGUGAAUUAAUCCUACGAGGCGAAGGAAACAAACGAUGGGGACCUUCACUAGGCUUUGCACUGACAAAUCUUGAGGAGAAUUCAUCAUUAGAAAAACUUAUAAUGCGCGGAAACGCAAUCGGUGACGAUGGUGCAAAGUAUCUCUCGCAAGCACUAAAAACAAACACGCGUCUUCGUACACUGAAUAUCGACGAAAACGAGAUUGGAAUCGAUGGGUACAUCUCAUUACACAACGUUUUCUCCACCCAUCAAAAUAUUUCCCUACACGAGUUCACGUAUCCUACGCAAGAUGUUCAGACGUAUGUUCAGAAUCUGGACACAAAAAUCUCGAUCAUGUACAAAGAAUCCAAUUUGUUUAGUAUUCCGACUACGGCAAAGAUUAGUGCACGGAUGGAAUCGGAGCGACAGAAGUAUAGUUUUCAUGAAUUGGUUGAGGAAAUUAUGGCGGUG